AAAAAAAAAAUUAUUUUAGGCAUUCGCUGUGUCUCCUAGAGAGAGUGGGAAGAAGAGAGCGAAAAAAAGGGACGAAUUAGGGCAAAAUUGCGCAAAUUUUCGGAGUUUGAUUUGUUCUUCAUCUUCUUCGUCUUCGUCUUUGGUGUCUCAUUUUCGGCCUGUUCGAAGGAUUUAGGGUCCCGUGAUCUCAUGAAGGAUCUGUUGCAGAAGAGGAAAGUGGUUGUACGGCACUUGCCGCCGUCUAUUUCUCAGUCGGAUCUCUUGUCCCAUAUCGACGCUCGUUUCGCUGAUCGUUACAAUUGGUUUGCUUUUCGUUCUGGGAAAUCCAGCCAUAAGAAUCAGAAGUAUUCUCGGGCCUACAUAGAGUUCAAGACUCCAGAGGAUGUUUGUGACUUUGCUUCCUUUUUCAACGGCCAUGUGUUUGUUAAUGAGAAGGGUGCUCAAUGCAAGGCUGUAGUUGAAUAUGCACCUUCACAGCGUGCGCCAAGACCAUGUGGCAAGAAAGAUCCUCGUGAAGGGACUAUUUGCAAGGACCCUGAUUAUCUGGAAUUCCUUAAGAUCAUCGCAAAACCUGUUGAGAACCUUCCGAGUGCUGAAAUACAGUUGGAAAGAAAAGAAGCCGAACAGUCUGGGACGACAAGAGACACUCUCAUUGUUACUCCUCUUAUGGAAUUUAUACGCAAAAAACGUGCUGCAGUGAUUGAAACUCAGGGUUUGUCAGAUGUUCGCAAAGCAAGCAGAAGAGCCAGAGCUGCCUCUGCAAACAAGCCAAAUUCAAGAUCUUCGAAACGAAGCUCUGAAAAGAAAAAGUAUGUUGCAAAGGACCAUGCAAAGAACAUGCUGCAAAAAGCUAAGUCAGCCUAUGUAGCGAGCUUUAAGCAAGACAAUCAGCAUUUAACUUCAAGUGAAAAGGAGAUCCCUGAAAAUGAAACUGCAGCAGUCUCUGUUAUCGAGAGCUCUCUCCCAGGAAUUCCUUUGACUAUGGAAUCUGGAAAGAAAAAAAUAUUGCUUUUGAAAGCAAAAAACCAAGACAGUUCUAACCCUCUGCCACAGUCAGAGCAGCAGAUUGAAACAUCUCCUGUUGGAAGUUCAUUGGCUUCCAGACAAAACCAGAAGAGUGAUGUUGGUGGGAAGUUGAUCAAGGGCAUACUUCUGAAACAUGAGCCACGACAGAGCCAGUCUUCAUCUUCUGUCCAGCCUCAACAAAAAGCACCAUCAUCUAACAUGGAAAACAGCAAGCGACCUCCUCGACCUGCCAACACACGGGCAGAUGGUAAAUUUGCAGGUAAAGACUAUCCUGGUCCUGGCACCCUCGGUGAAAAGCAGGAGAGGCGCAUGAGAAACAAAGAACGACCUGAUCGUGUUGUGUGGGCUCCGCUUCAUCGUGCUGAUGGGUUGAGUGUUGGUGAGGACCAUCUGUCAUCUUCAGCAGCCAAUAAUGGAGAAGUGAACGGCGAGAACCUUGUCCAGAAGACUGGGGAAGUGGCAGCUUCUUGUGGUGGCCGCCAUUCAUAUUCUAUGGAGAAUGGUUCUGCCAGACAUACCAGUCGUCGUAUUGGAGCACGUAGUAGAAAAGAUGACGGCCUUGGGAUGACUGGUGAUGGCAAAUCUUUGAGAAGAGGUGGCAGCGGUGGUUCGAAUUCUCACGAGAAACAAAUGUGGGUUCAGAAGUCUUCUUCGGGGUCAUGAUGUAUCUACUCUCAGAUCUGGCUCAGUGUCAGCCACAACCAUGGAACUUGUCCUGAAAGGGACAAUCAGAUACUUUACCUAUCCUGUUGGAGUUUGGGAUUUCAGAAAAAUGGUGGGAGUAACUAUCAACAAACACUUGGUUUGACGGAGACUUUGGUUCAACGGCUGUAAGUGGCAUCGGUUUCAUAAGUUUGCACAUACUGUGACCCUUCUUCUCACAUAGGAAUAAGUUCGGAUCAAGGAAUGCAUAUAGUCAAGUAUUAUCUGUUUGAAAGAGG